CGCGCGCCGGCAGUUUGGCCACGUCCCCGGCCACGUCGCGCCCGCUCUCGCCAUCUUCGUCGCUUCCUUUUAGUGGUCGCCGCCUUCGCCUAAGCCGCCGAGCCCCGGGGCAGCCGCGCCGACCGCCGCCGCCAUGAACAUCUUCCGGCUGACCGGGGACUUGUCCCACCUGGCGGCCAUCGUCAUCCUGCUGCUGAAAAUCUGGAAGACGCGCUCCUGCGCCGGCAUCUCCGGGAAGAGCCAGCUCCUCUUUGCACUGGUCUUCACAACUCGUUACCUGGAUCUGUUUACUUCGUUUAUUUCGCUGUACAACACGUCUAUGAAGCUUAUCUACAUCGCCUGCUCCUACGCCACGGUGUACCUGAUCUACAUGAAGUUCAAGGCGACGUACGACGGCAACCACGACACCUUCCGGGUGGAGUUUCUGGUGGUCCCUGUGGGAGGCCUCUCGUUCCUCGUCAACCACGACUUCUCUCCUCUCGAGAUUCUGUGGACCUUCUCCAUCUACCUGGAGUCGGUGGCCAUCCUGCCGCAGCUCUUCAUGAUCAGCAAGACCGGGGAGGCGGAGACCAUCACCACGCACUACCUGUUCUUCCUGGGCCUCUACCGCGCGCUCUAUCUCGUCAACUGGAUCUGGCGCUUCUACUUCGAGGGCUUCUUCGACCUCAUCGCCGUGGUGGCCGGCGUGGUGCAGACCAUCCUGUACUGCGACUUCUUCUACUUGUACAUCACGAAAGUACUCAAGGGGAAGAAGCUCAGCCUGCCAGCGUAAGUGCCAAAGCCCGUCCCCAGCAUCUGUCCUCCGGGGUGCUCGGCCAGACUUCCGACCGCAGCGAAGGCACGAGAUGCGCGACACGGGAAACCGAAACUCGGCUCUUGCGUUGCAGCCAGAUGCCCGCGGCUGCGUGAGAGCCCGGAGAAG